AUGUAUGUCAAGAAGCGAGAUGGACGCCAGGAGCGCGUCCAGUUCGACAAGAUCACAGCCCGUGUCUCGCGGCUGUGUUACGGUCUCGACCCGGACCAUGUCGACCCUGUGGCCAUCACCCAGAAGGUCAUCUCUGGUGUAUACGGAGGCGUGACCACAGCACAACUCGACGAUCUCGCCGCCGAGACCGCCGCGUACAUGACCGUCACCCACCCAGACUACGCCAUUCUGGCAGCGCGUAUCGCUGUUUCCAACCUACACAAGCAGACCAAGAAGCAAUGGUCGUCUGUCAUCAGUGAUCUGUACCACUAUGUCAACCCCAAGAACCGCACGGCGUCGCCCAUGAUUGCCAAGGAGACGUACGAGUGCGUCAUGAGACACAAGGAAGAGCUCGACUCGGCCAUUGUCUAUGAUCGCGACUUCAACUACCAAUACUUCGGCUUCAAGACUCUGGAGCGUUCCUACCUGCUCAAGCUCAAUGGCAAGAUUGCCGAGAGACCGCAGCACAUGAUCAUGCGUGUCGCUGUUGGCAUCUGGGGAGAUGAUGUCGAGAAGGUCAUUGAGACCUACAACUACAUGUCGCAGAAGUUCUUCACCCACGCUUCUCCCACCUUGUUCAACGCUGGUACUCCCCAGGCCCAGCUCUCCUCCUGCUUCCUUGUCGACAUGAAGGAUGACAGCAUCGAGGGUAUCUAUGACACCCUCAAGACCUGUGCCAUGAUCUCCAAGAUGGCCGGUGGUAUUGGUCUCAAUGUCCACCGCAUCCGUGCCACUGGCUCUUACAUUGCCGGCACCAACGGAACAUCCAACGGUAUCAUCCCUAUGCUCCGUGUCUUCAACAACACUGCCAGAUACGUUGACCAGGGUGGCAACAAGCGCCCUGGUGCUUUUGCCAUCUACCUCGAGCCGUGGCACUCGGAUGUCUUCGAGUUCCUCGACCUCCGCAAGAACCACGGUAAGGAGGAGGUACGCGCCCGCGAUCUCUUCCUUGCCCUGUGGAUCCCGGAUCUCUUCAUGAAGCGUGUUGAGAAGAACGGCGACUGGACUCUGAUGUGCCCCAACGAGUGCCCUGGCCUGGCUGACUGCUAUGGCGAUGAGUUCGAGGCCUUGUACGAGAAGUACGAGGCUGAGGGCCGUGGCCGCAAGACCAUCAGGGCUCAGAAGCUCUGGUAUGCCAUCCUCGAGGCCCAGACCGAGACCGGCAACCCAUUCAUGCUCUACAAGGAUGCCUGCAACCGCAAGAGCAACCAGAAGAACUUGGGCACCAUCCGCAGCUCAAACCUGUGCACGGAGAUCAUUGAGUACUCUGCCCCCGAUGAGGUGGCUGUCUGCAACUUGGCCUCUUUGGCUCUGCCUGCCUUUGUUAACUACGAGACGGCUACCUACGACUUCCAGAAGCUGCACGAAGUCACCCAGGUUGUUGUCCGCAACUUGAACAAGAUCAUUGAUGUCAACCACUACCCUGUGCAGGAGGCACGCAACAGCAACAUGCGUCACCGUCCUAUUGGUGUUGGUGUUCAGGGUUUGGCUGAUGCCUUCUUGGCUCUCCGCAUGCCUUUUGAGUCGCCCGAGGCCCGCCAGCUCAACAAGCAGAUCUUCGAGACCAUCUACCACGCUGCCCUGACCGCCUCCAUGAACAUUGCCAAGGAUGAGGGCACCUACUCCACCUACGAGGGCUCCCCUGUUUCUCAGGGUAUCCUUCAGUAUGAUAUGUGGAAGGAUGUCACCCCCUCGGAUCUGUGGGACUGGGAGUCGCUGAAGGAGCAGAUCAAGCAGCACGGUGUCCGCAACAGUUUGCUUCUGGCACCUAUGCCUACUGCUUCCACUUCCCAGAUCUUGGGUAACAACGAAUGUUUCGAGCCUUACACCUCCAACAUCUACUCCCGCCGUGUCUUGGCUGGUGAGUUCCAGGUUGUCAACCCUUGGCUGCUCAAGGACCUUGUCGACUUGGGUCUGUGGUCCGACAACAUGAAGAACCGCAUCAUCUCUGAGAACGGUUCCGUCCAGAACAUUCCCAGCAUCCCUGCCGAUAUCAAGGCUCUGUACAAGACUGUCUGGGAGAUCUCUCAACGCACUGUCGUCCAGAUGGCUGCCGACAGAGGUGCCUUCAUUGACCAGUCUCAGUCGCUCAACAUCCACAUGCGCGAACCUACUAUGGGCAAGAUCACUUCCAUGCACUUCGCUGGCUGGAAGCUCGGUCUCAAGACCGGCAUGUACUACCUGAGGACACAGGCCGCUGCGGCCCCUAUCCAGUUCACUGUCGACCAAGAGGCUCUGAAGGUGGAGGAGAACCAAGCAGCCAAGACUCUGGGUGUCUUGAAGAAGCGCGCUCCCCCGUCUGGUAGCUACCAGUCGUCUGCUUCGUCUGCACGUCCCGCAUAUGCCAAGCGCGAGGACUCAAACAACACCCUUGGCGUCAGCAGCCCUAACGGUAUUCCGACGCCGAGCACCACACCUCCCCCUGUGUCGUCAAAGCCUGCAGUCUCUCCCAUGAAGAGCGUUCCAUUCAAGGCAGACCAGGAGGAGGGCGACAGCCCAAAAGCUCUGCCCACUGAGCCGUCAGAGAAGCCCAAUAAGAUUGAGGAGCUACCGGAGUCCGCGCUUGAGGGCAAGAAGACGCCUGGCCAGACCGAAGACAAAGAUUCAGACAGCAAGGAGCGUGAAUAUGACAUCUAUGCUGAAGCUGCACUAGCUUGCAGCAUCGAGAACCCAGAGUCCUGCGUCAUGUGCAGCGGUUAA